AUGAUUAAUGCUUCCCCUGAAGGGGACUUAUUAAAUCAAAUCAGGGAAGCAUUAAACUUUGGAGCCAAAGUAGAGACUACAAAUUUAAAGUCAGUAAUGACUGAUAUUUGUACAAAUGUCUCAAAAUUACAAAAAGAUGUACAAAAAAUCAGUCUAGAAUUAGCAAAAAAGGCAGAUUCAGAAUCUACAGCAAAGUCAAUUGCUGAUUUAGAAGCAAAUAUUAAUUCAGAUCAUCAAACUCUAACAAAUCUCCAAACUUCAGUGCAAGAUAUGAAAAAUGACAUGUCAAUAAACUAUAGAAAGAUACUAUCCGAAUCAAAACGCUACACAGAACUCUUAUUAAACGAUUUUAGACAAGAAAUGGAAGAUACAAAUAACAAAAAUUUACUCAUUGCUAAAGCAUCUGGAGCAGAUUUGAAUGUACUAAGCAAAGCAAACUUACCAGAGGGAACUGUUCCUGUUAUUAGCGCUCCUCAUGAAGAAGAAAAUUCUCAAAUAACAACACCUCCUAAAUCUCCUAAAGAAGAACCACAAGAAACACACGAAGAAGAGAAAGAAUAUGAUUCAAAGGGUUUGCAGAUAAGAGUUCCUUCUCCAGCGAAAGAAAUGGCUUCAAGUCAAACAUCAAUUCCUCCAACACCAGAAAAAGGAUCUCGACCACCUUCCAGACCACCUGAGAUUCCACCAGAUCUAUUACAAAGACUUGAUACGCUUGAUUUCCGUAUAUCCGAAAAUGAUCAGGAAAUUCAACGUAUUUCCAACUUGGUUGAAGAAAUAGAGAAUCUUAAGAAGAUGCUUGAUGAACAAAAUGCUAAGUUUGGCGAUCAAUCUCUCAAAUUAAACGAAGAACUUGAAAAUCUCAAAGCAAGCGCUGCUCAAUUCAAUGCCCUUUCAUCAUCAGAGAAGAUUUCAGUUCAGCCUUCGCUCAAUUCAAUCAAUGAAACUGAAAUUGAAGAAAAAGAUCUCAAAAUUAAACCAAAAACAGAAGAAGUUACUGAAAAACCAAAGACUCCAGUUCAAUCUGAAGAAAAAGAAGAAGAAAAACCAUCAGAAAAUGAAGAAAAAUCAAAUCCAGAAGAUGAUGAUAAGAAAGAACAGGCAGAAUUGGAAGCCAAGCUUAAGAAACAACAAGAACAGAUGAUGGCCAUGAUAAAUAACUCAAAGAACGAACAAAUUGACACUACAGAGUUAAUGAAGCAAAUUAUGGAUGCAGUUCGCUUCGAAAUCGAAAUUAAUACUCGCCAAAACAAUGAAAAGACCAAUGAGAAGAUCAGGCAGAUGGUAAAUGACCUAAACAACGAGAUUUCCGGAAAUCAAAAUAAAAUCAACGAAAUCAUCAAAGGCUAUGAUGAAAAACUUCUUGCAUUGCAGAAGAAAUCAGCUGAAGACCUUAACAAGUUCACAGCUUCUUCAAACAGCGUUCAAGCAGAAUUAAAGGACAAAAGUGACCAAUUACAGAAAUCUGUUGAAUCACUGAACGAGAAAGUGAAAUCUAUGAGUGCAACAAGUAAUCUUGGCCAGAAAAUUACGACAAUUCCUAUCAAAGAAGGAAAAGCAGAUUUAUCUCAAAUUUUGGCCCAGCUUGGCAACGCCGUUCAAGCAAUUACCGAGUUAGAUACACGCUUGGCUAUCUGCGAGAAGUCCAGUGCCGAUGUUUCCCAGGAAACAAUUAAAUCAAUCCGCGAUGUCCUUAACGACCACGACGGGCGCCUUAACGGAUAUGAUUCCAACAUUGUCGGCAUCGAAAUGAAGAUAGGCGCACUGGGAGAUAGAGUAAGUGAACUGAAAGGAUCCGACCACACAGCAGAUGACGAACGCAAAUUCAACCAAAUCAGGGAAUUAAUUGCCAAUCUUGAAGACAGCACUAAAUCUCUACGCGAUAGCCUCACAAAAGUCAUCCAAGACAAUGCAACAGAGAGAGUUUCCCAAAUGAUGCAGAAAACCAAAGUAGAAGAGCACACGAAAUCACUGGAAGACCUCAAACAAGAUAUUGCCAAAAUGAAAGAAGAAAACAGUGCAUUAUCUUCACGUCUUAAGAAAGUUAUAUCUUUGAUUCAGAAUAUCAACACCGAACUAUCAGAGAAGAUAAAUAAUACUUCAAAUACAGUUACUGUAUAUACAGAAGAGAUCGAAAAACUUAAGAAUAUGCUAGCAAAUACAGAGAAGAAUUUCACUGCGGCCAUUUCAGCGACAAACGAAUUAUUGACAGCUCGUAAUGAAGAAAGACCUAAAUCAUCAGCAUCAGAGAACAGAUCUCCAUCUCCUCCACUUCAGCCUGCUCUUCAGAACACUCCGACAACUGAAUUAAGAAUAGAAUUCUCAGGAAACAAACCAGAAUCUGACGAAGAAAUUCCUCCGACAACUCCUGUUACUGUUGAAGAUACAGCGACAAGUCCACACAUGGAGAUUCCUCAGAACAACUGGGUAGAACGUCCUCUUGAGAAGUCUCAGUUGCCUAAACUGAAACAGCCUAAACAGUUGUCAGACAAGAGAAAGAGUGCAAGGUCUAUUUUGGGAACUGUUGAUCAGAAGAAGUUCGAAGAAUCAAAUCAGAAAGUUAUUGGUAUCGAAUCAUCAAUGACAAGUGUUAAAUCAGCACUGGAUACAUUGAGAACACAGACUAAAUCAUUAACAGAUACAAAAGCAGAUAAAGAUGCUGUUCAAAGUUUGUAUGAACAACUUAAAUCUGCUUUGGCAGAAAUGAACAACAGAUUGGGAUCAUUCAGAAGAUUGCUUGGAACUAAAGUUGAUGCAAGUGAUCUUCAGAACUUGAGGAAGGAAUUGUUGAUCACUUACCAGGCCCAAGGAGAAACAGCUGCAGGAACAGAGAACAUCAGAUGUCUUCUUUGUGGUCAGAUAAGAAAAGGUGUUACAGGAACAGCUGAUCAAAAGAUUGAAUCACAGAUUAAAGAUGCGGCACAGAUUGCAGAUAAACUUGGUGUUACACAGACAAAGAACCAAGUUGAGAUUGUUCCUGCAGGUCCUUUGUUCUCUUCUUCAGUUGGACAAGGAGAUGAAGAAGGAACACCUGUUUAUAUCUACACACAAAACGGAGAGAUGUACAAAGGAAGAUCAAUGGAGAAACAAAGAAUUGUUCCAGCAGAAGGACCAAUUGUUCCUGAUGAUGCGCCACUUCCAAAUCUUUAA